CCCGUUUUCCCUUCAACUUGUCAGCAGUCAGCAGCUGUCCUUAAAUUUAAUUGUUGAGUAAUAAAUAUAAAAUAAUCUUUCAUCAAAUAAUCAGUAGUGGAGACUGUCAAUUUCUAAAUAUAAAAUAAUCUUUCAUCAAAUAAUCAGUAGUGGAGACUGUCAAUUUCUAAAUAUAAAAUAAUCUUUCAUCAAAUAAUCAGUAGUGGAGACUGUCAAUUUCUAAAUAUAAAAUAAUCUUUCAUCAAAUAAUCAGUAGUGGAGACUGUCAAUUUCUUGGUUUUAAUAUUUUUCAAAAAUUUUACAAAUGCCUGCUGGUAUUUGUUCUUGGCAAACAAGAAUACAAUUCUUGAAGAAUUGUAUUUGUAUAUUUAAUGAAUGUGUUUGCUUGCGUAGAACAAAAUAUAACAAGCAAGCAAACUCAAUUUGACAACCAGCCAUUACACAUUACAUACAACUAACUAGACUCUAGUUACUAAAGUAAACUUGUCCGGUCCGACACAUAUUUGUAUAUGUACUACUGAAGUUGUCUAGCAACUUUGAAAGCAAUAGAAUUUUCUUAGAAAACUAAAGAAAAUAUUUGGAAUCGGAGCAAUACGGAAUCAAGAUCGUCAUUCUUUUGAUUCUGGCGUUUGAUGGAAGCAAUGGAGGUGGACGACACGAUUGACGUCGACAAAGAUGGACAACAAUCCACCAAUAAUUUGCACAUUUCAACUGAAUGCAAGUACAGUUUGGAAGAGAUGUACAAACAAAUAAGGGAACUCUCAGGGAACGACUGCGACAUGGAUGAAGAAGAAAUUAAGGUCUUCCUGCAAUCUGAAAUGUGCCGGCUAGCUUGUCCAGAUUUAUUUGAGGCAUUUAAACGAAUGGAAAUUCCACAGCAAGUAGUACGUCACGAUGUACAUCAUCAGGAUCCGAGCAGUUCCAUCGAGAAGAAGGAGAAUGAAGACUCAAAGCAAGACACGGCUGAUCUUCAUGAAACUCUGACUGAACAAAAUGAUAAGUCAAAACAGUAUUCCUCGAAAGAUAACCAUCCAUUUUCAUCUGAGGUCGAGAAAGAAAAAAAUACAAAGAAAACACACGGUCAUAAGAAAAGACGACGCGUCGUUAGUUCCGGUAGUAGCAGUGAUUCGGAUGCUCCUCAUACAUCAACCGCCACUAAACGUGUUCAUCCCUCUCAAAACAACAAUCCUGAAAUCGAUGAAAUCAAAAUGAAUCAAAUUGAGAAAAAGACGCCCAAAGACGAUGGGAACCUUUUGACCGAAAAAAGCGAUCCAAAGGUUCACCCAUAUUAUCUCGGACAAAUGGGACCAGUAUUUCCCCAAAAAGGGAAAGUGUUCAAAAGUAAUAAUGAGGGUGGUGACUCAGCACAACAGAAAAAGAAAAAAAUAUUCGAUACGAAAGACGAUUCGACUCGUCCGCCACAUCAAACAUCGUCGAACCACCGCAAUUCCAAAAUAAAACCGUUUAGUUUCUACAAUAGCGCAAAUGCAAAUGUUGAACCAGGAAAAAAAUUGAAACCUCCAGAGAAUUUUAACUUUAUACAAAAUGGAAAGAAAUUUAUAAUGAGCAAUGUCUCAGUCCUCUGCGUGGAUCUUGUCGGAUUGAAAACAGUUUUCUCUGAUCCGUCUAAAGGCCAUUCAUCCAAAUCGGAUGUUAUUCCACUAGAACGACAAAUUACAAUACCAAAACAGAAACGAGAGGAAAUCGCGAGUCAGGAGAAACUCAAACGCAAAAAGUUGUUUAAACCUGUCUUGAAAAAGCUCUACUCUAAAAACCGAAAGAGAGAUGAGAGAGAUAAGAGAGAUGAUAAAUCUAAAAAACGAGCUAAGUACGAAGCUGGACGUGAAGUCACAAGUGAUCCUGUUAUUCCAAACAGGAGUGCACAACAAACGCACAUCAACAAGCUUAUUACAAAAUCUCACAACACAAAACUUGAAAAUACGGUAUUGAAGAAAGAUCAACGCCAAAAAAGUUUUCAGCAACUUGGGGAAAAGAAUGAGCAGAAAAAUCAAAUGACUAAGGAUCUUAGUAAAUCGAAAAAUUCUGGUCCUAAUACUGCAUUAAAGAAUACGGGUAGUACUAAUAAUCAAAAGGUCAGUCACAAACCUGAAGUUAUUGUUACAAAAAUUAUUCCAAGACCACAUGCACCUGCUCCUACUCUAAAGUUCAAAGCUCCUACUCCCACUCCAGCCCCUUUGCUGCAACAAAUUAAGCAUGCUCCUACUCAAAAUUUGCUGCAACAAAUUAAGCCUGCUCAGCCAAAAUUAUUGGCUGAACCAAAUGUUGAGCAGAAAAUACCAAAAUUUUCCGAGACUCCAUAUUCAUACAACAAUAGGCAGCAAACAACAGUAGACCAAGGACUGGUUGCACAGGAAGUAGAUAAAUUGUUACGAUCAAAUACGGCAGUCCAAUAUCCUGCAAGCGUGGCAUCAGAAUUGACCGAGUAUACCAUUCGAAAAAUCGGCUGGUGGUUGCUUAAAGAAGAAGAGGACCCUCCCGACGAAAUGAAGUAUCACCCGGAACAUUACGACCACAAAAUCUAUGAAGAUUGGUACAAUCCUAAAGACCAUCAGGACGACGAUGCAUGUUCCAUCGGAUGUGUCAGUGAUCCUGACGGCACUCAAACCGAAACUCGUCCUCAGAAGGAGCCUAAAUUCUUGGAUGCUGAUAAAUUGGAUGAAUAUGCGGGUUCUGCAACAUUAGAAGCAAAAAUUCGGCGAGUAUCUGAGUAUGAAAAUAGUGGCGACAAAUAUUUCUUCAAAAAUUUUAUAGUUGCAACACCUGGUUGCAAUUACGACAAGUCCAACUUUGAGGGAAAGUGCCAUAUCUGCAAAAAAAGGUUGGAAGGAAAUCGCGCAUUGGGAAAACAUAUUCGUGGGAAGGCUCACAAGAAUGAAUUACGCAACUACUCUCUAAAUUUUGCAAAAUACGAAGAAAGUAUAGUAAAGGUUCAGCCCAAAAAAAUAUUUGUAGCAAAGUUAACCAAGUACUCUACUGGCGACAAUCUUAUAAUCCCAACUCUAGAUGUUGCGAAGGAUCCAAGAAGCUCCAAGCUUGUUAACCAAGAAAUUAGUGCCGGAAUAAACGACAUCGACGGAUCAGAUGGUCCUAGGGCAGUUAUCAAUAUGAACCACCCAGAAGUAAUUCAACUUCAGGAUAUUGAUGAUAAGUUGAGCUUGCCAAGUUUGGCUGUGUUUGAUUUGGAGCCAGAUAAUCAACAACUGCGGGCUAGGAUUUGUCUCAGGACGAAUGGUUUUUGGACACCCGAAUUGGAAAGGAAGUGGUUACAAAUGCGACAAAAUGAAACCCGAAUUACAGGACAAUAUAAUGCAGAUCGUGAUAAAUAUAUAAAUUCCCCGGAUUCUCACCCUUCAAAAAAAGUUGAGUGGAUAAAAUUUUGGGAACAAAGAUGUAUCGAAGUUGAAGCUGAAGGGAAAAAUCCUGACGACUAUGAUUAUGCUGGCGAAUGGGUUCCAUUCUGGUUGAAACGUGUCCAGGAAAUUAUGAAAGCUGAAUUUGAAAUGAAAAUGCUAUCGAUGCAAAAGGAAUUUGGUCUGGAUGCAGAUACUCUGAUUAGACGAUGUCAAAAACACAAUUUAUCACUAGACUCUGUCGACAUUGUUACAGAGAACAAUAAUAACCAACAUAACCCCGAUUCCAACUCUGAUAUUCGAGCUAAUCAAGCACCCCAUCUUCCGAACUAUAGAUUCAAUAAUACAGCGCCAAGUCGUACCCAGUAUCGACAACCUUUUCCAGGUCGUCGUGGUCAAGCUCGGUUUGCUCAAAAUUCUAGAAUGUCUCGACCAAACGGACAGAUACAUAAUAGCACUGCAUUUCGUGGCACCGGUCAGCCUUCACAACCUAGAAAUACAUCAACAGAGAUGAAUCGCCAAGAGAGACCCGUCAGUGUGCCAUACAAAUAUAAAAAUAAUUUCAGAGGUAAUAGAAGAGGUUAUCGAGGUUUUGGUCGUAAUACUUUUGGACGACCAAGAUCUAGAUCCCCUCAUCGAGGCCACUACAGCCGUAACGAUGAUUGUAGAAAUGAUAGAAGAAGACAAUUUAGGCAAAGUUCACCAAGACAUGAACGGAGGUCUUGGAAUAAGUCGACUAAGCCACACUUUUUCUCAAAAGUAUCCAAUCGAACAGAGAAACCACACGAACAGGUUACAAGCUUAGGGGCUGCCCCUUCGUCAGAAUUUACAGCCAAUGCGGUUGAAAGCACAAGUCGGUCUUUAAAUCCAAAUCAGCAAAGCGGAAAUGGAUCUAACGAGGAAAGGCCACGGGACUUCAGGAACGACAUUACAUAUCGCGAAUCUAAACACUACCACCAAACACACCUUAAUUCCAAACCUGAACGACGGAACUAAUGAUACUAUUGAUCAGAUGCACCACCCGAAUGAGUUCCAAAUUCGAAACAUUAUUAAUUAGACUGUUUUACUCUCAUCAUCACCCUUGGAUCAAUCGAUAGGAGUAGAGAAUGUAAUACCUUAUUUAAAUGACUUCAGGUAAUUCUUGAUUUUUCACUCUUUUAUAUAUUUUGGUUUUCUUGUAUACAUACAUACAUUACAGUAAUUUAUAAAAAUCCGUAAAAUAAAUAGUCUUAGAUCAUUCUUCAAGUCAA